UACUUUGUCAGUUGUUGUAAAUCAUUCAAGAUGAGGGCUCUAGUUGCGGUUUUGCUCUUUACUUUCUUGGGAACGGUGUCUUCAGAGCCCUUCAUCGAGGCACAAGAUCCCUCAUUGGAAGACAACGCACCCAACACAAACGUAAAACGGCAUCACAACAGCUGGUGUUCGAGACGUUGCUAUUAUGGCAGGUAUUGCCAAAGCGGAUAUUACUGCGAUGCUUAUCGGUGCUGCCGCUCUAACAACCAACGUCCCUGCAGUCACCACGCACACUGUCCUCAAGGAUGGUAUUGUGAUUAUAGCGCGCGCCUGUGCAAGGUUGGCGAACGCCGCUGUACCAAUCAUUACCAGUGCUAUAAUCAGAUAUGCGUGGGUGGCAAGUGCCGGAAUAGGGAAUGUUAUUAUCACCAACACUGCAAAACAGGAUAUUACUGUGAGUCGCCGGGGAUAUGCAAAGCACUCUGUACAUCAGACAGCGCUUGCAAGGAUUCCCAGUGCUGUGCAAAGUACUAUUCAGGACAGACGUACGGAAUUUGCAGGGAUCUCAAGAAACCAGAAGAGUGGUGUUUGUUGAAGCCCAGCGGUUAUCAAUGUGGCUGUACUGAAGGCUACGAGUGCAAAAAAUACAAUUACUACUGGGGAAAGUGUAAAAAGAAGCCAACACCAAAGCCGACGUUGACGCCUGCUUGCUCGAGUGACAACAGCUGCCAGAAAACACAGUGCUGCUCUGGUGGCCAAUGCAAGCCACGGAAGAAAGCCAAGGAGUUCUGUCCUUUCAAGGGGGCUGACAUAUACCACUGUGGUUGUAUUGAGGGAUAUACCUGCAAGCAGUACGAAAACAACGAAUACUGGGGAACAUGCGAACAGAUCGUUCCACCAACCGAGGAGCCUGGGUCUGGCUUCGUGGAAUAGUGUCGUGAUCAAAACGAGUCUACGGCGAGCUGAGCCAGCGACAAGGGAAUUCACACAGUCCGCCGCAUUGCUGUGAUAGUGAUUUACUUUGAAUAAACAGGGGAAAAUAAUAAAACACAUUUAACAAACGCUA